ACACCCUCCGACCUUUUAACCGACUUCACCCGCCGUCGGGGGGAAGAGACUAAAACCCUUCGCCUCCACGCACGGGCGAUCCCGCCGAGCAGCAGCAACAAGAAGAAGAAGAAGAUGGCGUAUCAAGGAGGAGACCUGAAGUCGACCUCCAUAAAUGGAGUGAAGCUUUACUCAGUCUCCUCUCAGCAGCGCUCUCUCGCCACCUGGCUCCCUCCCAAGAAGCUCCGCACUCUUCGCAAAGACAAGAAUUAUAUGCAAAGGGUGGAGUUGAUACAGGACUUGAGGUUUGAAACUGCGACAACAAGGAUUAAAGCAACCCCCGACGGGGAGUUUCUUCUUGCAUCAGGUAUCUAUCCACCUCAGAUGAAAGUAUAUGAGCUAAGAGAAUUGGCUUUGAAGUUUGAAAGACACCUGGAUUCAGAGAUAAUUGAUUUCGAGGUUUUGGGUGAUGACUACUCUAAGCUCGCUUUCUUAUGUGCGGAUCGUUCUGUCUGUUUACAUGCUAAGUAUGGAAAACACUACAGCCUACGAAUUCCGAGGAUGGGAAGGGAUAUGGCAUAUGAUUGCUGGUCGUGUGACUUGCUAUGUGCUGCAUCUUCUCCUGAUUUGUACAGAAUAAAUUUAGAACAGGGACGAUUUCUCUCCUCUCUUAGCACUCAAUCGCCAGCACUGAAUGUAGUUUCUCGAAGCAAGCUUCAUGGUCUUGUUGCAUGUGGUGGCGAAGAUGGUGCUCUCGAAUGUUUUGACUUGAGAAUGAGAUCUUCUGUUGGUAGGAUAAAUGCAGUUGCACCUACUGGAGACAUUGACUCAGAGGUCACUGCUGUGGAAUUUGAUGGAGAUGGGGGCUUCUUGAUGGCUGUUGGAAGUAGCGCAGGCAAGGUUAUGAUCUACGAUUUGCGUUCCUCACUUCCCAUACGAGUAAAGGAUCACAUGUAUGGCAGUGCAAUAUUGGAUAUUAAAUGGCAUCGUACUCUGAAUUCUGAAAACCCAAAGUUGAUUUCUACUGAUAGCCAUGUUGUCAGAAUUUGGGACCCAGAGACGGGUGAUGGCAUGACCAGCAUUGAACCGACUGCUGGAACAAUAAAUGACAUAUGUGUGUUCAGGGACAGUGGACUUAUGUUACUGGCCUUGGAUUGCAGCCAAAUACCCUCUUAUUUUGUGCCUGCUCUUGGACCUGCUCCUAAGUGGUGUGCUUAUCUUGAAAGCUUGACGGAGGAGCUUGAGGAGGGAGGCCAAACAACUAUAUAUGACGACUUCAAAUUUGUAACAAAAGAGGACCUUGAAAAGUUGAAUUUGACAAACUUGAUCGGGACAAACCUUCUAAGAGCUUAUAUGCAUGGGUUUUUCAUUGAUCACCGGCUUUACAAGAGAGCAAAGGCAUUAGCAGAUCCUUUUGCAUAUGAUGCAUAUAUAGAGCAGAGAAAGAAAGAUAAGUUGGAAGCUGAACGUGCCUCUCGGAUCACGAUCAAAAGAAAAUUACCUAAAGUUAACAGGGUUCUUGCUGCUCGUCUCCUUGAGAAUGAUGAAGCUGAAAACGAGAAUAAAGAAAGUGAUGACAAUGAGAUUAAGAAGAAAUCGAAGAAGAAGAAAGGACUCAACAGUGAAGUUUUUAAAGACGAUCGAUUUGCAGCCAUGUUUGAAAAUAAGGACUAUCAAAUUGAUGAAGAAUCACAAGAGUACAUUUCCUUACAUCCAAUGUCUUCCCAGAAGCAACCAUCAUUGGUUGAGGAGCAUUUUGAGCCUGUGGAGGAUGAUGAUGUUUCAGAUUAUUCUGAUGCCUCUGCUGAGUCUCAGGCAUCAGAGGAAGAGCCUGAUUUUGAUGAGGAUAGAAGCAAAAAGAAGUCUCAUGUUCCAAGAUUAUAUGAAGUUAAGGACGAGCGUCAUGCAGAGGCAUUUUUUAACCGCGUGUCACUAGCAAAGGAGGACUCUCUUCCUUUGGGAGAGAGGGUGGCGGCUCUCCAACAUGGCCAGCGCGCUCCUGGUGCUCCAAAUGAUGUAAGAUUGGGACCAGGAGGGUCGAGGGAAAUAUCCUUUAUUUCCAGAAGCUCAGCCAAGUACGUAGAAGACGUGGACGACAGAGAUGGCCAUCGUGAAAAGAGGAGGGGAAUCCAAUCACUAGGGUUGAAGUCGGAUACACGAGGCUUUACCGGCAGAGGGAGAGGACCCCGCGGGAGAGGAAGAGGACCCCGGGGGAGAGGAAGAUGAGGUCGCUGGUAAUUCACACUGUGGUUUCGCCUUGUAUCUUUCUUUUUUCUUUUUGUAUUAUGUAGCAUUCUAAAUUAGUUGACGAGGCAUACGCGAGGCCUGGUUACUGAAAUUGCGGUGCCUAUU